AUGAUGCGCCUCGCUUUCGGCCUUCUGCUGACUGUGAGUGUGCUGUGCAUCGCCGAUGUGCCGCUGGUACAGCUCGAAGAGCACGAGGUCGGUGGCUACCACGUCCUUCGAGGUCGAGAGACCGCGGUGACGGCACAGCCCUUCUUUGUCCUCAAGUCGUCCAUAGGUCACGAGCUUCUGAAUCAAGCUCUUGCAGAAGUGCAAGCCAUCGUUAUGGACGAUCACAACGAUGAGGCCCACAGCCCUUCAGAGAAGAAUGUGCUUUGA